AUACAUUACUAUAAUUGUAGAAUGGCUGAUACCUUUAACUCUGCAUAAAUACACUUUUUAAUAUUAUUUUACAUGAUUUUCUAAUAGUUUGCCUAAGAAACAUAUCUCACUCGGAACAUUUUAGCACAUUAUACACAUAUCUAAAGUAUUUAGUUGUAACAGGAUAUAGGGGAGACAUGAUAGGUGGAUGUAUUAUCAGAACAGAAUAGACAAGGUUAUAUCAUUGCCCCUCAAAAAGAUUCUUUCUAGAUGCAGUACAUGGGAAGCAUGCAAGAAACCUGUUUUAAACAAAGUGUGGAAUGUCUGCUUGUCAAAUAAAGAGGGGUAAUCAAAGAUAUGCAAAUUCACAGGCAAACAGAUACACAUAUCUUAAAGGAGAAUAAUAACAUGAACAGUAUUACUUUCUCUUAGCAAGCGAAUAGGCCUAUUAUAAACAUAGAACAUAGAUGCAUAGAACUUAAUGUUUCCUACAUUUUGAACUGAAGAAAUCUCAAAGCUAAAAUUGUAAUAAUGUGAAAUAGUACAAUUUUAUCUGUUGAAUGAUAUCCUCAUAUCUGAACCACACAUGUUUCAGUAUCUUAAGCUUAGAACUGGAAAGAGAAAUAAGGAUGAAGGAAAAAAGACUUAGUGAAAGGAUGCACAAGUUUUCCUGAUGAAAUGACUCUACUAGAAAGUGUCAUUUCUUAAAAUAUUAGCUGAGGAAAGCAUUUUCUUUUAGCAGCAAAGCAAUAUAUGUCAGUCCUUAUUACUGAACAUCUGCCAUGUUCUCUGCACUACAUAUAAUAAGGACAAAAUUUAGUUCAGGUUCAAAAGCAAAAACUGCUGAAAGACACAAAGUGCUCACAGAGUGACUGUCUGCAGUACCUUAGAUAGCCACAACUUCAGCACAAUCCUGAAAAACUAUGCAUCUGUGUUCAGAUGCUAGAAUCAUGAAAGGGCCAGUGAACCAGUCUGCAAGACCAAAUUGUCUAAUGUGACUUCCUGACCUGGUUGAAAAGCAACUAACCAUGUUUGCCAAAAUCACUAGAAGCAGUGAGAACCUAUUUAUAGCAAACUCAUCAUUUGCUUUGUGCAUGGGCCUAUAUGUAAGAGGUCAUUCUUUGGUGAGAACUGUUGAGCUUAGAACUUAGACUCAUGAGAAAAGAACACUGAGACAUUAACAAUAUUCAUUCUUUGAUUCCUCAUGGACAUGCUUAAAGCCACCUGCAGAUAAUUUUAUCUUCAACACAACUAAGCCUGCUUUUUUUAACCUGGAGAUGUACUUCACUAUGAGUGUAAAGAGGGGUUUGAAAUCACUAAAAUCAGUGACACCAUGGUGUGCACUGAGAAAGGUUGGGAACCUACUCUGCCUAGAUGUGUGGGUAAGUUAAUGAAACACCAGUCUAAUAACCCCGUUGUCUAAAUCAGUUCAUCAAGAAUAUUUUCCUGUUGCAUUUACACUUGGGUACACUUAAAAAUAUUAUAAUCCUAAAUUAUUUUUCAGAAAUUGGCUUUUCAAAUAGAAACUUUUAAAAAGUAGAAUAAUUCAAGAUAAUUAAUCAUGUAUUUAAUUUUCUCCCAUUUGUUCUUCCAGUAAUUUCUAAAUAUUAGCUAUAACUUUCUCAAUAAUAAUCUAUUUAUCAUAUAUUCACAGAUUUUAAAUAAAAAACAUAAAAAUAAUAUAAAUAAUAAAAAGGAUAAUCAUAUCUCAUUAUAAUCAUCCAUCCACAGUCUAUGUCAGGGAUAUCUGUUGAAAUAUUGUUAAAGCAGCUUUUUAUUGUUUAGAUCAAAUUCCUUAUUUGACCUAACCUACUUGAUACUUAUUGACCUAACCUACUUGAUAUUUAUUUUGAUGGAUGUAUAUGUACAAACUAAUUGAUUUAUCGAGAAAUAUUUUUUAAAGAUUAAUCACAAGAUUCUUCGUUUCAAAAGACUUGAUAAUCUAGCUCCCCCAAAAACUAUAGAUCCAUUGCCCAAGACAGACCAAUCUAAUGGAUCCAUAGUGGCACUACAGAAUCGCAUGGUAAUCAGGGUGUGAUCUAAGACACUGAAAGCUCCCCCAAUUUCAGAUGACACAGCCAAAACUCCAACAGGAAACCAGAUCUGGAGUAUGAUCAUUAUCCCAUGUUGGGCUCUGGUUAAGCCCAUGAUCAUCAAGAUGUGCAUGAACUCCUGAGACAUCUGACUCCACUCCUAGAGAAGGCAAAUGGAAGUCCUCUGAAGUCUGGGGAACUACACUGCCAUCCUAGAAAUGGAAUGAAAGAGCUCAGGCAGGGAGGAUAUUGUACAGCAGGAACAAUAGCAACAAUCCCAGUUAAUCCCUAGAGGACAGUUUAAUGAAUAGGGUCUCACACCUCUCAGAAGCCAUAAGGGAUUCCCAGAUGACAAUCAGCACCACCACUCCACUCCAGUAUAAUACUGGGAAAUUCUGAGGAAUGUAUAGUAGAACUCAUAUAAGGAAUAUGAAAUCAUGUUUAUUUUAUAUAUAAGUGCCUCAAGCCUUCUGGCAAGCAGUUUCAUUCUGAAAUCUACCUUAUUCUAUUUAAUUCAACAUUUGUAUAGCAUUUGUAUGUCAUACUCCAUUUUUUGAAAAUGGCGCAAUUGAUCCAAGAGAGGACGUAUUUCAGCAUAAAAUGGUGGUCCAUUUUAACUGUAACAGAGGAUUCACAAGAGUUGGCUCUGAAUCUGCACAAUGUUAUCACUUUGGAUGGUCUCCACUGCCUCCAGUCUGUAAAGGUAAAUAUGGGCAAUUUAAGAAUUAUUACUGUAUUUGAGGCAGGAGGAGGGAAAAUAGGGACAGGUUUUUUAAAAAAAUAUGUUCUGUUUUCUAGAUUGUGUGAGGAAAGCCAAUCAUUGGCCAAUAAACAGAUUUCUCUUAGCAGGAUGCUUUGAAUGAACAUCUCCAUUUAUAGAUAUGCAACAUAACAGCAAAACUGUAUUCGUAAAUUGUAAAUAGAAAAUGUUUAUAUGAAUAGUAAUAUUGUUUUCAGGAUUUUUUUAUAUUUUAGAGGCAAUUUCUUUUUCAUUAUAUUAAUAGGACUUUUGAAAAAGAAGUCAGAUAGCAGAAUUACAAGCCUAUUGUAAUAUACUGUUUUGACACUCUCAAUACAGAUGUUUAUUAGGCUUAAACAGAUCACCUACACAAAACCAGAAAUGCAUAUUGCAAAAAGAAAGAAAUGGUAGUUCUCCUGUAUUGACAAGUAACAGCUGGAUUGGCAGUCUGUUUUUUAUUGCGGUCAUUAAAAAACACACCAUUUUUAUUAAACUUUAUAAAAGAUUACAACUAGAACAGUAAAAAUACAAAGAAAAAAAGAAGAAAAAGAAGUGCAGAAAAGGAUGAAAAAGAGAAAGAAAAACAGAAAAGAAAAAAUAUUAAGAGUAUCACAAAGAAAAUAUAUAUAAAGAAGUAACAAUAACAAAGUUGGAAGGGAACUUGAAGAUCUUCUAGUAUAACCCUCUGCUCAAGAAGAAGCAUACAAAAAGAAAAAAUGAUGAACAAAUAAUAAGAAAAACAUUCCAUUAACACCUUCUAGGAAAAUAAAAUGAUGAAAAUGUUAAAUCUUGUCAGGCAUUACCCAGGAUUUCUCAUGGCAUGGUUGCCGGUGAACUUAAAGCAGUAUAUCAGCAUGGUGAUCUUUUGGAAGUUCAGUGUGAUAUCUCAUUUGUACUUCAUGGAUCAAAAAUCAUAGAGUGUGUGGAUGGUGAAUGGGCACCCUUACCAUCAUGCAUAGAAGAAGUAAAAACUUGUGGACCACCUCGAAAAAUUACAAAGGGAAUUCCUGUUGAUGCUAUGUCAUCCAUAUACAGGCAUGGUGAAACCGUGGAAUAUCAAUGCCAACGACGAUCUGUCAUUAUUGGGACCAACCCAGCCAAAUGUCUUCAUGGACAAUGGGAACUACCAUCAUGUCUUGUUAAUCCACGAAGUUGUGCACGUGUACAGCAUGCAGACUUUCAACCAGGAAAUUUGUUUAAGACCAACCAGUUUGCAAUCUACCGCUGUGGUUCCAAUCUGCAUCAAACAAAAUGUGUCGAUGGAUCAUGGUUUCCUAAGCCACAGUGUAAAGAAACCUGCCCUCCACCACCUCAGCUUCCCAAUGCCAUCAAUAUAGCCGAGAUGAGAAUCUACAGGAGUGAAGAAGAAAUUAGCUUCAAGUGUCGAGACAAUUUUAUUCUUCAUGGCCCACCAAAAAUAAAAUGUGAAGAUGGAAAAUGGCAAACACCUCCACGCUGUCUUGCUCUAAAUAAAUGAAUGACAAGUUAUAUAUAGCACCCUACUUCAACCAGAUGAUGGAUGUUAGAAAUCAUAUAUCCUUCCCUUUAAUAUGACAACGUGAAACUGGAUUGUCUACAACUAUAAACUUUGGAUCUCAACCUAAAAGUCUAUUUUGGAAAUGCCAAAUUUUACCAACUUUAUGGAGAAAAUGAGAACACUUAUAAACAACUUUACAGACCAUCUUUAAAGCAGAUAAAAUAUUAUAAUGGAACAUUGUAAAUAACUGUUUAAAAAUACAUUGAAAGUGAGGAAAUUUCCUUUUUGCUAGAUACAUUUUAGCUGUAAACAUUUGAUUAAUCUGAAUGAUCAGUCAGCAAUCCAUCUUAAAGCAAUGACAAUAGAUAAUAGUAAUUGAGAUUUUUAGCAUAUAGUGUUAAAUUCUUCAAAAAAAUAAAAAAAUCUAAAACUGA